AUGAAUCCCCUCAGCUCAAUCCUUUCAUGCCUUACCGGUAGAAGCAUCUCUACCGAUUAUUCUCCCAUCCGUGAAAUAAACAGGAACGAGAAACCGCGUAUCACCGCCCAGCCAGUCCCAUACUCCGACGAGGCAGCAGAUCAAUUCGUAGCCAUCCUCCAAACGCACGAAGGCACUCGAGAAGAACUGCACCACCGCUUACAGCAAGUCGUUUCCACUAAUGGCUGGACCGAAAGCCUUGCUGUAGCAAUUGAGCGUAAGAUAGAGGCACUGUUGAGAGAAGGCGCGGAAUUGGCAAAACCGAUGGCAGAAGCUGUCAGAAAGGCCACCAGCACAGCGUGGGAGUUUGCGAAAGAGCACCCAGUUUACGCUGGUCUCAUCGCGGCGGGAACGAUUAUUGCUAUUGGUGUUCUAGUGGAGUUUGAUCUGAUCUGGGUAUUGAGAGCGCUUGGGUUUGAUGAAGUUGGGCCUAGACUUGGAAGCUUUGCGGCGCGAUGGAUGGGCAGUAUUGGGCAAGUCCCGAAGGGUUCUAUCUACUCGUUUCUCCAGAGGCUGGGUAUGAAGAUUGCCAAAGGAUGA